AUGCCCCGCCGCCUGGCUACGACCUACGCCGGCCGCAUCGCGGCGGCGACGCCGUCCCCCUCGGGACCCUCCCUCACCGUCACCGUCUUGCCGACGCCGCCCCCCACCCCGCUUGACACGCGCGGCUACUCGCUACCGCGCCGCCACCUCAUCUGCGCCGUCGCCCGAAUCCUCCGCUCCCCGGCGUCCCCCACCCCGCUGCUCGACCUCAAUGACUACCUCCGGUCCCACCGCCUCACUCUCACCUCCGCCGAGGCUUCCGAGGUCAUGAAGGCGCUCGCCCCCGACACCUCCCUCGCGCUCGGCUUCUUCCGCUUCGCCGCCACCUCCCUCCCCGGCUUCCGGCACGAUGCCUUCUCCUACAAUCGCAUCCUGGUCCUCCUCUUCCGCAACCGCGCCGAUCCCGCCGAGGCCAUGCGGCUCGUCGCGGAGAUGGAGCGCGACGGCGUGCCCGGCAACAUCUCCACCGUGAAUUUGCUGGUUGGGAUGGGCAUGGAGGUGGGGAUGUGCCUGGAGCUGGCGAAGAAAUGGGGGCUGAGGCUGAACGGGUACACCUACAAGUGCCUUGUACAGGCGCAUCUGAGGAGUCGGGAGGUGUGGAAGGGGUUCGAGAUGUAUGAGAAGAUGCGGAGGAAGGGCUACAAGUUGGACAUAUUUACGUAUAACAUGCUGCUUGAUGCGCUUGCCAAGGCUGGAAUGGUUGACCAAGUUUACCAAGUCUUUGAAGAUAUGAAACAAAACAACUGUGAUCCAGAUGCAUACACAUACACUAUACUAAUUAGAAUGUCUGGAAAGGCUGGGAAGACCACUAAAUUUGUCUCAUUUUUGGAGGAAAUGGUGUCCAAAGGAUGUGUUCUUAAUCUGAUUGCUUAUAAUACUGUUAUUGAGGCUCUUGGUAAGAACAAGAUGGUUGACAAGGCGAUUUUUAUGCUUUCUAAAAUGAUUGAGAGUGACUGCCAGCCCAAUCAAUUCACAUAUAGCAUUAUGCUGGAUGUUUUAUCAACAGGGAGACAACUCCACAGGCUGAAUGAGAUUCUAGAUAUCUGUAUUGGACAUCUGAAUAGGUCAGUUUAUUCAUAUUUGGUCAAGGCACUCUGCAAAUCUGGGCAUGCAAGUGAGGCUCAUAGUGUAUUCUGUCGUAUGUGGAGUUCCCAUGAAAAAGGAGACCGGGAUGCUUUUGUAUCAAUGCUUGAGGCACUAUGCAAUGCAGAAAAGACAGCAGAAGCUAUUGAUCUACUGCAUAUGAUGCCUGAAAAGGGGAUUACUACAGAUGUUGGAAUGUAUAAUAUGAUCUUUUCUGCUCUUGGGAAGCUGAAGCAGGUGUCUUUCAUGAGCAGUCUUUAUGAUAAGAUGAAAGCCAAUGGGGUUGUUCCUGAUGUUUUCACAUACAAUAUUAUGAUUUCAAGUUUUGGUAGGGUUGGCUUAGUUGACAAGGCAUCUGAACUUUUUGAGGAAAUGGAGGAUGGCAGUUGCAAGCCUGAUGUCAUCACCUACAAUUCUAUGAUAAAUUUCCUUGGAAAAAAUGGAGAUCUCGAUGAAGCCCACAUGCUUUUCAAAGAUAUGCAAGAGAAAGGAUAUGAUCCUGAUGUCUUCACUUACAGCAUAUUAAUUGAGUGCUUUGGGAAAUCCAAUAAGGUUGAUAUGGCAUGCAGCUUGUUUGAUGAGAUGAUUGCACAGGGAUGUGUUCCUAAUAUUGUAACCUAUAACAUUUUAUUAGACUGUUUGGAGAGACGUGGGAAGACAACAGAAGCUCAUAAAUUUUAUGAAACUCUGAAGCAACAGGGAUUGACUCCUGACUCGAUAACUUACUCAAUACUUGAGAGAUUGGAAAGUAGAUCUCAACGAACAGUAAGAAUACGUAAACCAAGUCGGAAUACAGGUUGGGUUAUAAGUCCAGUAUGA